UUUUCAAUAUUGUCGAUAGUGGUAGUACACUGAUCGCUAGACAAAGAGAGAUAAUUGCGCCGUCUUCGUCUCUCUUUUAUCGCGUAUGUGUAAAGCGUCCGUGAAGAUAGUGUAGAGCAUCUAGAAAAGGCGUCUUAUGGAAAAUGGCAGCGUGGCGACUCUCAGGCUUCUCUCUGGCCAUACCUAUAUACAUAUAUGAAGUAGUUAUGCAGGCGCUUCCGCAAGGAAAUUUUGAAAAUCGUCCUUUUUUGCUAAUGCAUUCCAAUGUUAUGGAUCACAAACAGAGAGAGCAUAUUCAGAAAGAAUAUUCAAGGAGCGGUAUUAAAAUAAUGUAUAUAUUCAGAAAACAUCCAUCUACUUAUAUUUCUAGGAUCACAACAGAAUCUAUCGAUGCUAUAGAUAGGCAUGAUGUUCCGAGCGUUCCUGGGACGCCUAUGAUAAUGAAACUUCACAAUUUUGUGUAUAAGUUAUACUGGGAACCUGCAAAAACUACUGACCGCUUGCAAAUAAUUUAUCGACUCGAGGGUAUCAUCAUUGAUGACAAUUACACGCAUGACAACAUAAUCGAGAAGAACAAGCACUGGAAGUUAUAUUACAAUGGAACAAAUAAUUAUUGGAUAAUUCCUAGAUACAUGAAUAAAAAGUAUCAAUUUCGCGUGCAAGCUAAAAAUCUUUAUGGUUUUGAAUCGAAUUGGAAUCAAUCAAGCGUGAUUGAUUUAACAAAAUCUACUGAAAGAAUAUUGACUAUACAAAAUCACUUAAUACUAAUAAUGAGCAUUACCUCGAUUGUUAUUGUAAUAUAUGUUGUAUUGAUAUGUUGUGUCAUCAAUAGAUUUUUAUUCAAUCGAUGUCAACAAAAACAACACAAAAACAACACAGAUGCAACUCCAGCUUUAACAUUGGCCGAAUUAGUGACUUUUCGCGAAGAAUUUGACAAGAACUUCGUUCAAUCUAAUCUAUAUGUUUCAUUGCAAUAUGCUUCGGAUUAUUCUGCAGUGCCUGAAAUCAGACAAGAGGAAAUCACACUAGGACAUUCUAUAGGAAGCAGCACAUUCGGAUAUGUAUUCAAAGGAAAAAUGAAAGAGUUAGAAGGAUCAGGCACAAUAUCUGUGGCUAUAAAAACACUGCGAAAAGAUUCCUCUACGCGAGAAAAGACGAUACUCUUACAAGAAGCCAAGCUUAUGAGUCAGCUUCGACAUAAACAUAUAUUGAAAUUGCUGGGCGUUUGCUUCGACACAGAUCCGCCAUUUCUUGUGUUGGAAUUAAUGGAAGCUGGUGACCUGUUGAACUAUUUGAGAGAUAGUCACUUUAUUCUACUUACAGAUUCGCAUGCUUUGCGUUUGCAAGACUUGCUCGCCAUGUGCGAAGAUGUUGCACGGGGCUGUUGUUAUUUGGAAGAAAUGCAUUUAGUGCACAGAGAUCUAGCAUGUCGAAAUUGUUUGGUAUCUGCGAAGAAUCGCGAGGAUCGCGUCAUCAAAAUCGGAGACUUCGGUUUUGCUAAAAAUAUUUAUGAAGAUAAUUAUUAUCAGGAAGAAAGAUUGUUGCCCAUUCGUUGGAUGUCACCGGAAUCUUUAUUAGAUGGAAUAUUUAAUUCACAGAGCGAUGUUUGGUCAUUUGGGGUACUAAUGUGGGAAAUUAUGUCGUUAGGCCAGCAACCCUAUUUUACCAUGACUAAUAUUGAAGUGAUGAAUUAUUUGUAUGAGGGUGGCAGGCUACAAAAACCCUUCAACUGUCCAUUGAGAUUAUACGAGUUGAUGUUGCGUUGCUGGAGCGCAACUAAUGCCAGACCGAGUUUCAAAGUUUGUCUCGAAAAUAUCGUCACUUUGAGAAGCAAUAUAGACGAUACGAUAAUAAAUACAACACACACUGGACUAGCUGCUGAAGAAUGCUCUUGGAAGAACAACAGUUCCGAGGAAAACCGAGGCAAUCAACUUAUUUAUGAAAAUUUAAACAACGCCAAGGUCACGACGAUAGAUGUUGAUCAUAUCUAUGAACGUUUACGAACUACAUCGUUUAAUUCAUGCCUCGAAUAAAAACGUGGCGAACAUGAAUCAAAUCAAUUGUAUUCUUAUUCUUAGGUAUUAUGAAGAGAACAUGAAGGUUUCAGUCAUGUCGGAAAACUGCAACUUGUUGCUCAAAAUUAUCGUAAAAACGACUAAGGAAGAAUUUUCGUUGUUUUUAAAUGAUUAAAAUUAAUUUCAAUAUAAAAGUACUAUAAUAAAAGUAUGUAUUAUACUAGAUUAAAAAAAUAAUAAUUUAGAAUUAUGUAUAAAAAAGUAGAUAAAUCAUUAUAAUGCAAAUUUAGCAAUAAAAUAUAUUUAAGAAUAUAUAAUGCAGGAUUAAAAUGCAGGAAUCGUGUAGUUAAACAUUUUAAAUUUUUGCAUCGAAUUAAGACAUAUAUAGUAUGAAUUUAUAUGCAAUAAUUGAAAGGAGAGAUAUAAAUAAAGAAUAUAUAUUCUCUAAAAUACCAGUUUUGUUUAAUAAAAAUUUUAUAUCGUUAAUAUCUUUGAAAAUGUAUACUCAUGUUUUAUUCUGCUAAUAAAUCUUGUUAAAACUA